AUGGCUUGUGGUAUGCAAGUGGCUUGUGCUCUUGCAGCAGAUCUAAGCAACGUGCCAGCUGGGCACGCGGUCCCAGCAUCAGGGACCCAAAAACAAACAUUGGCUGAAGCACUAAGUGCUCUUUCCACACUUGUGAGCAGACACUCGUGUUUGCUCUUCCCUAUGCAAACACAACAAAAGCCACAAAUCUCUGGUGCUCCCCAGCCCUGGGUUUGCCAGAAGCUUCCUGGAGACCAACAGCAGAGAGAGAAACCCUCAGCCGAGGUGAGAAGAGGGGCAAACAGACCUGUGUGGGUCAGCAACCCCCACAGAGGGCAGAGGAUCCUCUGCAGGGACACCUACAGCCUGAGGGGGUCCCAACCCCACAGCCUGGCACAGAGACACAUCCAAGGGGUCCCAACCCCACAGCCUGGCACAGAGACCCAUGCAAGGGAUCCCAACCCCACAGCCUGGCACAGAGACACAUCCAAGGGAUCCCAACCCCACAGCCUGGCACAGAGACACAUCCAAGGGGGUCCCAACCCCCUGCCCUGGCACAGAGACACAUCCAAGGGAUCCCAACCCCACAGCCUGGCACAGAGACACAUCCAAGGGUGUCCCAACCCCCUGCCCUGGCACAGAGACACAUCCAAGGGGUCCCAACCCCACAGCCUGGCACAGAGACACAUCCAAGGGGUCCCAACCCCACAGCCUGGCACAGAGACACAUCCAAAGGAUCCCAACCCCACAGCCUGGCCCAGAGACCCAUGCAAGGGGGUCCCAACCCCCUGCCCUGGCACAGAGACCCAUCCAAGGGGGUCCCAACCCCCUGCCCUGGCACAGAGACACAUCCAAGGGGAUCCCAACCCCACAGCCUGGUACAGAGACACAUCCAAGGGGGUCCCAACCCCCUGCCCUGGCACAGACACGCACCCUGCGCCAUGGGCUUACCGGGGAUGAGCUGGUGGCGGCGGUACAGGAAGGUCUG